AUGGGUCGUAUGGCUCGAGCAUGCCCCCGCUACUUCAGUCAGCCAGCUUUUCCUCAAGGCUUGUCUGCUAGUGCGACUGGGCUAGCUUUUCCUUUAGCUCUAGGAUACUUUCAGGGUGGAUCUCAGUUUGUCAUCCAGCAGGACUGUGGUUUUGGAGCUAGAGUUUUAUUAGAUCAUGGGGCUACCCAUUCUUUUGUAUCGCCUAGUUUUGCUUUAAGAUUGGAUGUCCAACCCGUUAGACUUCAAGUUUCGAUGUUGGUCAUUACGCUAUUAAGUGAUGCCUUAGAGAUCGAUGUUGUGUUUCCGUCGUGUCCGGUGUCAGUUGAGGGUCAGGAUUUAAUUGCUAAUUUAAUUCUAUUGGACGUAAUGGAUUUUGACAUAAUUUUGGAAAUGGAUUGGUCAGCUAUGCAAUUUUCCAUGUUGGACUGCCGGGAGAAACAAGUAGCUUUUCGAAUACCGAGAGACUCAGAGUUCCAUUUUAAAGGUGAGCAGGUACCUACUCCAUCGAAUCUCAUGUCAGUUAUUACAGCUAGGCGGAUGCUUCACCGUGGGUGUCAGGGAUAUCUAGCUUUAGUUAAGGAUACCUCAAUAGGAAAAGGUAGCGUUGAGGAUGUUCAGGUGGUUUACGAGUAUCCUGAUGUAUUUCCAGAAGAGCUACCAAGAUUGCCGCCUAAUAGGGAGAUAGAUUUCUGUAUCGACAUGGUACCGGGUACAUCACCUAUUUCCUUGCCACCCUACCGAAUGGCACCAGCCGAGCUAAAGAAGUUAAAUGAGUAG